UGGUACGCUAAAAAAGUCUAAUGCUUAACUAUGUAUUUUUAAUUAACUAAUUCAUAUAAUAUAUAUACAAUGACUAUUCUUUUAAAAAAUUUAAUCACUUUUUGUUUUUCUUCAAUUCUAUACUUAUUUAUAUACUUUCAUCUAUUCAAUUCCAUAUUAUUUUAUUCAUUCCUUGUUUUUGCUUUUAACAUCAACAACUACAUUGCUUUACUUGCGCUUACUCAAACUACAAACUUUUGUAUUUUGCGCAAUCAUUUUUUAUACUGCAAAAAUAACAUUCAUUUUGUAUAUAUCAUAAAUUUCAACCAUCAUAUUCUACUACAUUUAUUAUCAACAUGAGUUCAGAAAGAGUGAUACUAACGAGAAGACAAGUAUUCACCGAAAAUCAAAAUUAUAAUGACAGUUAUAUAUUAGCAUUCACCGUGGCUUCUUCCAUCAUUUGGAUUAUGGUACCCGGUUUAGGAUUUUUAUAUUCAGGGUUAGCCCGAAGAAAAUCUGCUUUAUCUCUUAUUUGGAUAUGUAUCAUGUCUUCAUUCAUUGGAGUUUUCCAAUGGUAUUUCUGGGGUUAUUCCUUGGCUUUUUCAGAUACCGCUACUAAUGGGUUUAUUGGUAAUUUACAUUUUUUUGGUUUCCAAAAUUUAUUAGGAGCUUCUGAAGGUGAAGAUUAUCCUCAAAUUGCUUUUGCUCUUUUUCAAAUGCAAUUCUUAUUAGUUACAUUGGCUAUUUUAGCUGGUGCUUGUGUGGCUGAAAGAGGUCGUUUCUUACCAUCCAUGAUAUUUUUAUUUGCUUGGGCAACAGUUGUAUAUUGUCCUGUGGUUUAUUGGGUAUGGGGUGGAGGUUGGGCUAUGACCUUUAAAUCAGGAGUAUUGGAUUAUGCCGGUGGAGGUCCUGUUGAAAUCUUGAGUGGUGUUCUGGCUUUUGUUUAUAGUGCAUUUUUGGGUCGUAGAAAUGAAACUUUAAUGAUUAAUUAUAGACCUCAUAAUAUUUCAACUAUAUUUUUAGGUACAUGUUUACUUUAUCUUGGUUGGUUAUUUUUCAAUGGAUUUUCAUGUGCUAAUGCAUCUAUUAAAGUUCCUUAUUCAAUGAUGAAUACUCAUUUAAGUGGAGCAUUUGGAGCAAUUUCUUGGUGUUUAUUAGAUUUCAGAUUGGAAAAUAAAUGGUCAAUGGUUGCUGUUUGUUCUGGUUGUAUUUCUGGUUUAGUGGCUGCAACUCCAUCUUCAGGUAUGAUUCCAUUAUGGGCUUCAGUAAUAUUAGGAAUUGUAUCCGGAAUUGUUUGUAAUUUAUCAACCAAAAUAAAAUAUCUUUGUAAAGUUGAUGAUUCUCUUGAUGUGUUAGCUGAGCAUGGAAUCGCCGGAGUUAUUGGAUUAUUAUUUAAUGCUUUAUUUGGAAGUUCAACUGUUAUUGGUUAUGAUGGAGUUACUGAUCAUGAAGGUGGUUGGUUAGAUCAGAAUUGGAAACAAUUAUAUAUUCAAAUUGCUUAUAUUUUAGCCACCACUCUUUAUAGUGCUGUGGUUACUGCUAUACUUUGUUUUAUCAUUAAUAAGAUUCCCGGAUUACAUUUAAGAAUUGAUUAUAAUGGAGAAGAAGCUGGGGUUGAUGAAGAUCAAAUUGGAGAAUUUGCGUAUGAUUAUGUUGAAGUUCGUAGAGAUUUCCUUGAUUGGGCUCCACCAACAGUUGCUCAUUCCAGAGCUCAAAGUUAUACAGCUGCUGAUUCUGAUGGUGAUAAAACUACAACUACCAAUAAUCAUUUACUUUCUCCAUCCACUCAUACUAUUGGAGGUAAAUCCUCCUAUUAUAAUAAUGCAUCAGGGUCUGAAAAUGAAAAUGAAAAUGAAAAGAAAAGGUCUCAAAAGACUGAUAAUGAUAAUGAUUACGAAUAUGGUGAAGAAGAUGUAGAAGAAGGAGUGGUUCAACCUGUGGUUUCAGUUUCCAAAAAGACUGUUUGAAUACUGGUAUGACCAUUUCCUAUACUAUCUUUACUUACAUAUAUAAACUUGUAUAUAUAAUAGUUAGCACAUACAUAUAUAUAUAUAUACACACACAUU